AUAAUUUGGUUGGGAGCAGGGUUGUUGAGAGUGCCCCUUUAAACUCUAGGACUGCAAUUGAUCUCUGUAUGUUUUCUGGUAUUCGUCCCUUUGAAAGGAGAAUGAGAGCCAAGAUCAUUGGCUGUACUCUGGAGCUGUCACAUCUCAGUACUGAAAAAAAAAUACAGUGUAAGUGAAUUUAAACAGUCUUUGGCUUUCUAUUCUGUAUUGCCAAGAGCUUUGAGAAUGAUGAACCAAGGAAGUGCUUUAUUUAGGGCUAAGUGAGAUACAGAUCCCUCCAGCCUGACAGCGUUUCAGCCUCCGGAGUGAGGAAGCAGAGAAACAGAAGCAGCAGAAGCAACAGCAGUAGCAGCAGCAACAGCAGCAGCCCCUGCUGAAGUCCAACAGAGGAGACCUGAUCUCUAGCUUAUCCUGGAACGCCGCCUGGAAUCGGGCACUGUCCAGGGUCCUGAAACAUGAACCAAACUGCCAGCGUGUCCCAUCACAUCAAGUGUCAGCCCACAAAAACAAUCAAGGAACUGGGAAGUAACAGCCCUCCACAGAGAAACUGGAAGGGAAUUGCAAUUGCCCUGCUGGUGAUUUUAGUUGUGUGCUCGCUCAUCACAAUGUCAGUCAUCCUCUUAACCCCAGAUGAACUCACAAAUUCAUCUGAAACCAGAUUGUCUUUAGAAGACCUCUUCAGGAAAGAAUUUGUGCUUCAUAAUCCUGAAGCAUUGUGGAUCAAUGAUACAGAUGUGGUGUAUAAAAGUGAGAAUGGACAUGUGGUCAAACUGAAUAUAGAAACAAAUACUACCACAUUAUUACUGGAAAACAAAACUUUUGUAACUUUCAAAGCAUCUAGAUAUUCAGUGUCACCAGAUUUAAAGUACGUCCUUCUGGCAUAUGAUGUCAAACAGAUUUUCCAUUAUUCAUAUACUGCUUCCUAUGUGAUUUACAACAUACACACUAAGGAAGUUUGGGAGUUAAAUCCUCCAGAAGUGCAGGACUCCAUCUUGCAGUACGCAGCUUGGGGUGUUCAAGGCCAACAGCUGAUUUAUAUUUUUGAAAACAAUAUCUACUAUCAACCUGACAUAAAAAGCAGUUCAUUAAGACUUACAUCGUCUGGGAAAGAAGGAGUUAUUUUUAAUGGGAUUGCUGACUGGUUAUAUGAAGAGGAACUUCUACAUUCUCACAUUGCCCACUGGUGGUCACCAGAUGGAGAGAGGCUUGCCUUCCUGAUGAUAAAUGACUCCUUGGUGCCUACCAUGGUUAUCCCUCGGUUUACUGGAACACUGUAUCCCAAAGCAAAGCAGUAUCCCUACCCUAAGGCAGGUCAAGUGAACCCAACAAUAAAAUUAUAUGUUGUAAACCUCUACGGACCAACUCAUACUUUGGAACUCAUGCCACCCGACAGCUUUAAAUCAAGAGAAUACUAUAUCACCAUGGUUAAAUGGAUAAGCAAUACCAAGACUGUAGUAAGAUGGUUAAACCGACCUCAGAACAUCUCCAUCCUCACUGUGUGUGAGACCACCACUGGUGCUUGUAGUAAAAAAUAUGAAAUGACAUCGGACACCUGGCUCUCUAAACAGAAUGAGGAGCCCGUGUUUUCUAGAGAUGGAAGCAAAUUCUUCAUGACAGUUCCUGUAAAGCAAGGGGGGCGUGGAGAAUUUUACCACAUAGCCAUGUUCCUCGUCCAGAGUAAAAGUGAGCAAAUCACUGUGCGGCAUUUAACAUCCGGAAACUGGGAAGUGAUAAAGAUCUUGGCGUAUGAUGAAACUACUCAAAAACUCUACUUUCUGAGCACCGAAUUUUCUCCCAGAGGAAGGCAGCUGUACAGUGCCUCUACUGAAGGGUUAUUAAAUCGCCAAUGUAUUUCGUGUAACUUUAUGAAAGAACAAUGUACAUAUUUUGACGCCAGUUUUAGUCCCAUGAAUCAACAUUUCUUAUUAUUCUGUGAAGGUCCAAGGGUCCCAGUGGUCAGUCUCCAUAGCACGGAAAAUGUAGCAAAAUAUUUUAUAUUGGAAAAUAAUUCCAUGCUAAGGGAAGCUAUUCAGAAGAAGAAGACAACAAAACCUGAAAUUAAAAUCCUUCAUAUUGACGACUAUGAACUUCCUUUACAGUUGUCCUUUCCCAAAGAUUUUAUGGACCGAAACCAGUAUGCUCUUCUAUUAAUAAUGGAUGAGGAACCAGGAGGCCAGAUGGUCACAGAUAAGUUCCAUAUUGAUUGGGAUUCCGUCCUUGUCGACACAGAUAAUGUCAUUGUGGCAAGAUUUGAUGGAAGAGGAAGUGGAUUCCAGGGACUGAAAAUUUUACAGGAAAUUCAUCGAAGAUUAGGUUCAGUAGAAGUAAAGGACCAAGUAGCAGCUGUAAAAUAUUUACUGAAACAGCCGUAUAUUGACUCCAAAAGAGUAAGCAUUUUUGGAAAGGGUUAUGGUGGCUAUAUUGCAUCAAUGAUCUUAAAAUCAGAUGAAAAGCUUUUUAAAUGUGGAUCCGUGGUAGCACCCAUCACAGACAUGAAGUUGUAUGCCUCUGCUUUCUCUGAAAGAUAUCUUGGCAUGCCAUCUAAGGAAGAAAGCACUUACCAGGCAUCCAGUGUGCUUCAUAAUAUUCAUGGUUUAAAAGAAGAGAAUAUAUUAAUAAUUCAUGGGACUGCUGACACAAAAGUUCAUUUUCAGCACUCAGCAGAAUUAAUCAAGCAUCUAAUAAAAGCUGGGGUGAAUUAUACUAUGCAGGUCUACCCAGAUGAAGGUUAUAAUGUGUCUGAAAAGAGCAAGUAUCAUCUCUACAGCACAAUCCUUAGAUUCUUCAGUGAUUGCUUAAAGGAAGAAUUAUCUGUGCUACCACAGGAACCAGAAGAAGAUGAAUAAUGGACCCUGUUUAUACAGACUGUAGGGGACAUUGUGGCUCAAUGAAAACUAAAGAGACUGUCAUAUUGUAGAUGCUCCAGAAUUUCAAGGACAGCUUGAGGAGAUGACACUGGAACAGCACACUCAGACAAUGAACUAGAACUUGAAGACAGACAUCCAAGUCUACUUGUUGCAAGGGUGCAGAAUGUGUUUCUUUGUAAAAGGAAGGUCAAAGAGUUGGUUUCCUGGGAGAAAUUAGUUUCACAUUAAAGUAGGAAUAGUGCAUGUUUUCUUCUGUUAUCCCCAUUUGUUCUGGAACUAGUUGCUCUCAUUUUGAUUUCAGUAGCCACCAUUAUCUUUGCAUAUGAUGCACAAUUCAUCAUCAGUACUCCAGUCCUUGAUCUUGAUGGCUGAACUGCAACCUAACUCUUUACUGUAACUUUAUAAUAAGUGCAAUUCUUCACUGUCUAUUAUUAUGCUUAAGAAAAUAUUCAGUAAAUAAAAGACAGAGUAUUUUAUGUAAUUUCUGUUUAUAAAAAGGACAUUUUUAAAUGAGUCAAAGGAUCUAUAGAAAUUUGGAUCUCAGUACCUUCCAACGUUCAGCCAGUUAUCAGUAGACACAAUAUCUUUAAAUCAACACAUGAGUAUAUGUGUCACUAUAUUCAUAUAUAUAUAUAUACACACACACAUGUGCAUAUACAGUCAGUGAAUCUAUCCUUACAUGUUAUUCAUACUACAAAGGGUAAACUCUUGAUGAAGUAGAAAAGAUGAUCUUUCACAAGCUAUAAUGGAUGCUUUGUUUAAUGAGCCAAAUAUGAUGAAGCAUUUUUUCCAAUUCCAAUUGCUAUUGCUUUCCUAUAAAUGCUUGGGUUGUGUUUGGUAUUGUUUUUAGUGGUUAAUAGUUUUCUAGUUGCAAUUUAAUUUUUUGAAUAUGAUACCUUGUCACAUGUAAAUUAGAUACUUAAAUAUUAAAUUAUAGUUUCUGAUAAAGAAAUUUUGUUAACAAUGCAGUGCCACUGAGUGCUAUUUUGCUGUUUCAGUGGAGAAGGCUUUUUUAAAACCACAUGGUCCUUUUACUUCUGUCUCUCAGUGCAGUCAAUUCUCAUUUUCAUUGUCAAAGCAAAGAUCUGGGAUUAUGUCAUCUUCCUGUUCUAUUUAGUAUUUCAUGCCUGCCCAAUUCAUCUGUUGCUGUUUAAUUUAAACCCUUCUGGUGAGAAUUAAAAAUGAAGUAUUUUUUAUUCACUGGCCCAAAAGUUCAUAGACAGCAGUGUUUGCACGUUGAAUGGAAGGCACACAGUGCAUCAAUUUCUGUGCUUUAUUGGCUUAAAGUGGUAAAUAACAAGAGUGAAAAAUAAACUCUACUGUAUGGAGUCAUUUUAAAUCAUGAGAUCAUUAACUUUAGUGACUAAAAAUAAAAGCAUCUCCCCUUUUAUGUGAGGGAUUAUCUGAAAGAUAACUCUGUAGCCAAGUUUUGACAUUCAGAAAAAUCUAUACAGUGUACUGCUCUCAUGGUUGAAGACAAAAGUGUCUUGGGGAGACUGGUUUAUCAUGUCCUGAAAAUGCCAGGAAAAGAAUUUAAAAAAUAGCAAGAAAUCACUCUGUCACCAUUUUGUUUUAAGUAUCAGUAAUUUGCCUGUUUAUAAAUAUGGAAAUAUCUGACUGGGUCUUCCAUUUUAUUCUGGAUGAGUUGGAAUUGUGACUCACUGCUUCAUUAGAUUCAAUUUAAAAUGAAAAGAAAGGUCUGCAGAAAGACCCAUUCCAGGUCUAUUUCAAGAAAAGUAAACACGUUUUUAAACAAAAUCAGUUGUAAUGUUUAAAGGGAAUUUUUUGCUUAUUUUAUAUUAAGAUGGAAUUUUCUUUUUAGGCUGAUUUGAAGUCCAAUGGAAGCUUUUUAAUCAAUAUUUUAGAUUUCAACCACUAGAGUUUUUUAUGAUGCGAAUAAUUAUGUUGUUUGAAAGAUGUGGUUUUAUUGAAUGUUUACUUGAGUAACAUUUAAAAAGUGUUUAUCUUUUACUGU